ACAGCGAACACAUAACACUGUAUUUGGAAACGUUGAACAUAAAGUUAUGGUUUAAUUCUUGCACACCACCCUAAAAUUUUUCACUCGGUUCUCUACUAGCCUGAGGUACCCUGAUCAACAUUUAAGAUAAAAACGUCUGGAUGGGAAGGUGUGUUACUGCUGAUUGUAAUUAUCAUAUUGAUCUACAUAUAUAGUGUAAAUAAUCGAAAACUGUUUUAAAGUGUCUCAAAACUAAAACAACAAGAAACCUGAAGAAUAAAAAUAAACAUUUUGAAGCUGAAGCAUUUUGUUUCAAUUCAAUUCUGAAAGGAAACAGUCACUGUAAAAUAAUUAUUAACCAUUGGGAAAAAUCAGAGUUUAAAACUCUGUAAACUACUGGAUUAAAACACAAAAAGGUGUAAUAAGCAAUGGAAAGACUGCUCCUCUCCUUAAUUUUCCUUGGAACUGGAACCAGUCUUGUACUUUGUACCCUAGACUGUGACGCUUCCUGUGUGUCGUCAAACCAGUUUGAACUUGAUGUUAGAGUAGAUGGUAGCAAUAUAGAACUCAGUUGGACUUUCAACCAAUCAAAACCUAUCUAUGGAUUUCAAAUGAUAAUCUAUGAUGAUGACGACUAUAUCACCUAUGAGUCACCAAUUCUACACUUUUCUGAACGUUCAAUGUCCCUGGAACACGAGCUUGAAGGACGGUCUAAAAUCUGUCUUGCUAUUUAUGAAAAUAAUACCAAGAUUCUUGACAAAAAAUGCGAUAAAAUUGUGAUAAAAGACCUUAAAAUUAUCAUCGGAAUUCUAGCAGGCACAAUCUUUCUAAUCCCCUGUAUUGCUGCCCUAACCUACGUGAUCUACAAGGACUACAAAGUCAGGUUAAUUGAACAGUUCGAGGAGAUUGACCCGCUUAUAGAAACCAAAAGAAAAAAGAUUCAGGUUAUUGUAGCUAUUGAAGAAGAAAAGAAAGUUGAUAAGACCGAUAAAAAGAAGAGUGUAAAUAGUGACACUGUUGUGGAAAACAAGGCAUACGUUCACGAUGAACCUGAAGAACAACCUGCCAAAGCUGAUGAUCCAAAAGUUCUAGAAGCUUCAGUAGAACCAGAUGAGCUAAAUACAACAACUAGUACUAUUGAAUGUGGUGAUCCAAUAAAUGAAACUGAAACACCAGAUAAAAGUAAUGCAGAAGACGAUACAAAAGACGAUAUUAAAGAUUGUAUAUGUAAUGACAAUAUAGAUAAUGUGGGCAAUGCAACAAUUACUGAUCAUCCAGAAGAAAGUGAAACAGUUAGAGAUGAACUUAAAACGGACUCUGUUUGUGUAACUGAGGAAGAUGUCUCUGGAACAAAUUUAUAAUCAAUAUUUCUUUACAAUUAAUCGGCAAAAGUGAUUUUCUUUAAACAAUGUGGGGUUUGUUUGUUGUUUGUCUUUUUAAUGGACACCUCUUAAUGGAUACUGCUUGACAUAGGAACAAAUCUAUAAUCAACAUUUUUUAUAAAUAGCCAGCUAAAAGUUAGAUAAAGUGGGGUCAUUUUUUUGUAUUAUCUAAAUGGAUACUGUGUGACUUACAAAGAUUUAAUCAAUACAUUUCACAAUUUAAGCCCGCUAAAAGUUGUUUCCUUUAAAAUAUAUAAAGCUCUAUAUCUGCUGUCUGCAGUUUACAAAAUUUUUGUUUGAAUUUGGAAAAAGAGUAAUUACAUAAUGCCUGUAUAAAGGAAAUAUGAAUUGAUGGUAUAUUUCCUUUUGAGUGAAUGGUGUGAAUGCAAAAACUUGCAAAUGGUUGAAAACUUACUUAUAAAAGCACCACAAUAUUUUGUUCAGGUUCAUAGUUACAUACUUUUUAAAUGUGCUUAACAUUCUAUAUAUGAACUCUUUCUAAAAAGGACCAUUAAUUAUGGAAACAAUAUAUAUUAAUUGUUUUUGAUUUUCAUAAAAAAUGUUCACUACUGUUAAGCUUUAUACCUUUUAUAUUGUGUGUUCUAGGCUUUGUUUGUUGUUUAGUUUUUUUUCCUUCUCUGUUUAAACUGAUUUCAUCAGAUACAAAAUCAUGGAGGGCAAAUACAAAAGAUGUUAAAUUUUGCAUGAACUUUUUAUGCAGUAUCGCUAACUAUUUAAAUAAUCAUAUCUCUACCAUCAUAACUGACUAUUUUUAUCAUUAUAUAGUAAUGAUUUUAGCCCUUUUACUGUAAGGGUUAAUUCGGAUUAAAUUGACUGAUUUAUCAUUAUAUGUAAUUUUUGUGGAUAUCUGUGCUUUACGCUUUGUUAAAUCCCUGUAUCAUUUAUACACUUGAUAUUUUUACAGAAGUUUAUAAUAUUAUGUAUAGGGACAAUUAUCAAAUUUUCAAAAAGAAAAUCAUGAAAUUGACUGCAUGUUAGCUUUACGAUAAUUAUAUAAUCCAAAUGCUUUGUACAUUGUAGUAGUCAUAACUGUUUUUUGUUUAGUAAAUAGAAUAUACUGAAUGAGUUUAGAUUCAAUAUCGAAUUUUAAUGAUUGACCGACUUGAAUAAAAUUCAAAUAUACAAGCCUAAGGCAAGUUUUAUAUUAUUUUA